AUGCUGGACCUCAAGAGCCUAUUCCCGACGGUGACAGCGUUCAUCGCAUUUAUACUCACCCUCCUAUGUCUCUUCGCGGGGACGCAGAGAAACUUCCUCCAAGACGUGGAACUCUUGACGCUUUAUACACCCGCAGGCACUGCAGGAACCGCCGACAGUGGAGCCCAUGAUUUCUAUUCCAUCCAUGUCUUGUCCUACUGCCAGGGAACACUGGUAACGCUCGACCCCGGCACCGAAGUCACGCGCAACAUGACUGAAUGCUCGAACCGCACGAUUCUAUCCUCUUUUGACCCGACACAAGCCUGGCCGAAGGAGAUCACCUCCAGCCAGGACCUGGGAUGGCCGCGCGUGAUCAGCGAUGAUUUCCACGCCUUCAGAAUGACAAGCCAAGUCAUGGCCGUGAUGUACUGCAUCGGAGUUGGCGCGAUGGGCGCAGUGAUCCUCGUACGAGUAUGGACGACUCUCUCUCCGCGCGCAGGCCAGGGCCUAUUUGAAUUUUCGUUUUUCAUGGUGAGUUACAGAGACACAGACACACGAUCUUGUGGAGUUACCCCCUACAUAAACUCCGGUCUCUGCAUAUCGUCUGUGCAGGUGCACUUCCCAGUUCAGCGUGGUGCAUUUCGGAUUUCAGAUUUCCCCAGAACACGGCAAACGGCUGACAUAACCAUUAAUCAGCUCGGAUCUUUUAGUAUCAGCAUCGCAUCCAUAAUCGCAACUGUUAUCGCUUUCGAAUUCGUCGCUUUAAUUAAUGCUCACGGCAAGGGCUCGAACGUGUCGGCCCAUUACGGCGAGAGAUUCCUCGGGAUGAGUUGGGCCGCGGUGGGGCUGUUGCUCGCCGGUAGUGUUUCUUGCUUUUUGAAUGUCUUCAUUCACAAACGGGCUGCGCAUGCGCCUGCGCCCGUCUCAAAGGAUAUAGAGGGGUAA